AUGGCAGCUUGUAUUGCUAAUUCAAGCGAAAGUACUUCUAGUAGUCCAUUUUCUUUGAACUCCAAUCAAUGCCAAGCGAGGUCCAAAUUCUGCAGAUCCAGCUUCCCAAAUCUUGUUUCAUGCAAAACCAACAACCGGGCUGGGAAGAAAGUCUCAUGUUCUUCAAAAAACAUUCUGCUGGUUGAUGAUGAGGAUGAGGAUGAAGAUGAGCAGCUAUGGUUGAAAAUCCGAGAGGAAGCUUUGUGUGACUUGGAACAGGAGCCAAUGUUGUCUAAAUACUACCACUCAUCGAUAUUGUCACAUGUUUCACUAGAGAGCGCGUUAGCAAAUCAGCUAGCGAUGAAGUUGGGGAACGCAGACAUUGCUAGUGAUGCACUGAAGGAAAUUCUCUUGAGCGUUUUUGCUGAAGAUGAUGAGAUGAUGAGGAGAGCCAUUAGAGAUGAUCUCAGAGCUGUAAGAGAACGAGACCCUGCCUGCCUCAGUUAUGUCCAUUGCUUGUUGAAUUUUAAAGGUUUUCUUGCCUGCCAAGCUCAUAGGGUGGCAAAUAAAUUGUGGUCACAAGGCAGGAUUGUCAUGGCACACCUACUUCAGAGUCGCAUAUCUGAGGUUUUUGCAGUGGACAUCCAUCCAGGAGCAAGAAUUGGUCGGGGGAUAUUACUUGAUCAUGCCACUGGGGUUGUGAUCGGAGAGACAGCAGUCAUAGGAGAUAAUGUUACAAUUCUGCAUAAUGUGACAUUGGGUGGCACUGGGAAAGUUUCUGGGGACAGGCAUCCUAAGAUAGGUGAUGGGGUUUUUAUAGGUGCAGGAACCAAGGUUUUGGGUAAUAUUAGAAUUGGAGAAGGAGCUAAAAUAGGUGCAGGGUCAGUGGUUCUGAAGAAUGUGGCUCCUAAGACUACUAGUGUCGGAAAUCCAGCUAGAUUGGUUGGAGGAAAGUAGAAACCUGCUAUGAUUUCAAUCUCUUUGUUAUGUAAAUUAUCUUCAUAACAUUCUGUUU